AAUGUGAGGACAACAAUCGUUCUUGAAAAUGCCAAAACAAUCUCCAUAAACCAAACAAAUAGCACAGUACCCACCACCCAAUCGCCAAUUAUCAACGAGAUUAUCUGAUUACCAGCUAUGAUACCCCACAGGGUAACAUUUCCUUCAUAAAUGCAUAAGAAACAUAGAGCCAAAUGGAAAACAAAAGCAAAAGAAACUGAAAGAAUUACUGCCCUUUCCAUAAAUACAAAAGCUUUGAAAUCUUAAGCCCACCUCACAGCAAGAUGGUUUGUGAAGUUCUCACCUUCAAAAUCCCUCUGUAUUCAAGAUUCAACACUAUAUCUAAUUCAAGAAGAUCCACUAAAUGCCCUGUAAGACUUAGAAUCCAAUGCUCAAAUUCUAGUCCAAACAUGCCUCUUGCAACUGACAUGCUUCAAAAUGAUGCAUCAGUCACUGAUGGUGCAUAUGGUUUUGAAAGUGCAACAACAUCACUUACUCGGAAAUUGUUGUCAUCAUCAAAGAAGGUCACUAUUGUAAGACAUGGGCUUAGCUCUUGGAAUGAAGAGGGUAGAAUUCAGGGAAGCUCAAACUUAUCUGUCUUAACUGAAACUGGAGUGAGGCAAGCAGAGAGGUGUAGGCAAGCCAUGGCAAAUAUACACUUUGACAAGUGCUUUUCAAGUCCCAUAUCUCGUGCCAAGUCUACUGCAGAAAUCAUAUGGCAAGGGAGGGAAGAACCAUUAGUUUUCCUCGAUUCACUAGAAGAGGCCCAUCUAUUUUUCCUUGAAGGCAUGAAAAAUGUGGAUGCUAGAGAGAGAUAUCCAAAGGAGUUUACAAUGUGGAGAGAAAAUCCUGCUAAUUUUUAUGUGAACGGUGUCUACCCUAUCCGAAAAAUAUGGGCCACAGCCAGAGAAGCUUGGACAGAAAUCUUGCUUUCACCUGGACAAAAUUUUUUGGUUGUAACACACAAGUCAAUCUUGAGAGCAUUAAUCUGCACAGCUUUGGGGCUAGGCCCAGAGAGGUUCCGUGCCAUCGACGUGAAUAAUGGAGGCAUAUCAGUGUUUGAUUUCAACGAAAGAGGAGAAGCAAUGCUCCAAUCUUUGAAUUCAACAGCCCACAUGUACAGUGACCAUGUCUAUCAAUAUUGAAACUUCUAUGGUACCACUAGAUGAUGAGAAAGCUAAUUCUGCUGACAAGAACAUUAUUACCAAAAACAGCAGGACAGUUCUCCUAGAGUGAUGAUGAACAGAUUGCAGAGAAAGAGUUCGGUCUCACUUGUUAUUGGCCUCAGCUCAGAGACAUAAUCUUCAGCUAAACAACAAACUUGUAGUUCUAGCUAUGGAAUUGUGUAUGUGAGUGCUUGUAUGAGCUGAAUAAAGCUCAUUUCUACUAGACCUUUUUCUUUCCAUUUGUUUCAGCACAAACUAAAUCAUAAUGUGCAAUGGAACAGUAAAUGAUCGAGAAGUACAUUGGAAUAAUGUUGCAUGUAUAUCACAUUUAUGAUUGCAAUGUUGGUGCAUUCAUAUAUUACUGUGAACUAAAGUUAGUGAUCUAAUAUCUGCCAAGGCUUGAAGUAUUGCACUGCCAAA